AUGACCAAAAUUGCUAGUUUAUUAUUUUGGUUAGGUGCCGCAGUUAACGAGGCGCAAGGCUUUAACAUACCCAAGGGAUCUGCACACAGGGGAGACGUUAAUCCCGUAAAACAACAGCUUUCAAAGAGAGGUUAUGUCGGUUUAGAGUUUACUAAAUCAUAUGGUGAUACAUUUGAAGAUGCUAGUUCGGAGAAUAAGCCAGAACUUUAUUUGCAUAAGAGAAAUGACGGUUAUGAAUCCAUAGAAAUCACAAAUCAGGCCACUUUUUAUUCAGUUAGUCUGGAGAUUGGUACUCCUGAACAAAACAUUACUGUGUUGGUGGAUACUGGUUCGUCUGAUUUAUGGGUAUCUAACUCGGAUAACCCAUAUUGUCAGAGCAAUUAUCAAUCCUCGACAGGAAUCUCAUAUACUGAUACCAUUGAUUGUGAUGAGUAUGGAACUUUUGAUCCAGAUUCCUCUAGUAGUUGGUCCUCUAAUGAUACGUCAUUCAAUAUUAAAUAUGGUGAUUCAACUUUUGCUAGUGGUGUAUGGGGCCAAGAUAGACUACAUCUAGAAGAUUUAAAUGUCACAGGGUUAUCCUUUGCUGUAGCUAAUAGAUCAAAUUCAACAGUUGGUGUUCUGGGGAUUGGUUUACCUGGGUUAGAAGUUACAUACACUGGUUCUGCUUCUACAGCAUACCAAUACGAUAAUUUCCCUAUGGUUUUAAAGAGAAGUGGUGCCAUUGAAUCAAACGUGUAUUCAUUAUAUUUGAAUGAAUUAGAUGCUACACAUGGUACGGUGUUGUUUGGUGCGGUGGAUCAUUCUAAAUAUGAGGCUCCAUUAUAUACUAUUCCAUUAAUUAAUACUUUGAGAGCCAAUGGGUUUUCUUCAGCAGUACAAUUCGAUGUAACUUUACAAGGUCUAGGUAUGACUUUCGAUAAUGGUACCUCUGACAAGACUCUAACUACUACUGCGAUCCCUGCAUUACUAGAUUCCGGUACUACAUUAACAUAUUUACCAUCAUCAUUAGUUGAAAUAAUUGCCAAUCAAAUAGGUGCAUCUUACUCAUCUAGAUUAGGUUACUAUACUGUUGCAUGUCCAGAUAGUAGUAGUUCUUCUUCUUCCACUUUAGAUGGAGUCAACUUGGUUUUCGACUUUGGUGGGUUCUAUAUCAAUUCGACAUUAGAAAACUUCCUAGUGCAAGCAUCUGCUACAACAUGUUUACUAGGUAUUGUCCCACAGACAGCACACAGUGCUCUGCUGGGUGAUUCUUUCUUAAGUAAUGCAUAUGUGGUAUAUGACUUGGAAAACAAAGAAAUUUCAAUGGCACAAGCUAAGUAUGAUGUUGACUCUUCAGAUAUUGAGGUUGUAUCUUCUGGUGCAUCAUCAAUUCCAAGUGCUACUAAAGCUCCAGGCUAUUCUCAAACGUGGUCUUCAAGUGUUGCAUCUAUCGGCACUACAGGUGACAUUUUCACACUUCAAGCACAGGCCACAGUUGGUAACUCUGGUAGUGAAACCGCAUCUGCCACAUCUAAUGGUAAUGAUAGCGAUGACAAUAACAGUUCCAGUGGUCGUUCGACCUCUAGAACCUCAUCUGGGUCCAGGACUAGCGCAAGAUCAUCUUCGUCAGGCACAUCUACAGGAAGAACAACUACAAGUUCAACCAACCGUCGGAACGGUGCAUUCAAAGCUGAUAUAUUGAAUCCAAUGAGUAUAUUAUCAAUAAUUGCCUUCUAUUUAACAAUGAUGUUGUAG